CACUCAGUCACACCCGGAUAGGUCUUGCGGUGCGUGAUGAUGUAGGCGUGUUUCUAACUACACAAACUUCACGAGUGAUUCAUUCAUUUCACUUCACUUUCCUCGAGCGAUCCGAUACUUGCGCUUCUUCUGCUGUGGAAUUCAAAGCAAAGGACAAACAUGGAGACCUUGGCAUUUCUGACACUUCUGUUGCUCAUUACGAGUGGUUCUGCAGUGGAACAGACGUUGAGAUCUCAUGUGACCGGCUAUGUUGGACAGGAUGUACUAUUAUCAUUUAACUGUUCUAAUGACCCUAAUGAGCUGAGUUGGCAGAAAGGUUCUAGAGUAGUGAACGCUCAUUCUAAAGACCCAAUCAACAUAGAUCAUUCCUACGUCAAUAGAACACAUCUGUUCAUAAACAAGGAGAACAGAAACUGCUCCCUGCUGCUCCACAAUCUCUCUACCGCAGAUGCCGGGCUGUACUCCUCUUACGCCAUAGUCAGUCUUGGCGACAACGUCUGGUCAAGCAUGUUGUCAGAAGUUAAUCUAACAGUGUCUGAAAUGGAGGGCAACUCUGAUCAAGUGAGCGAGACUAAAGACAAUUCUGCCACAGCCGUCUCUGUUCCCAUACUGGUAGUGAUGCUUAUUCUGGCUGUCAGCUUGCUUCUAACCAUACUGGUCAAACGAUACCAUCGGAGAAACAUGGAGACUGAUUUGCCGGCUGCGAAACCUAUGCUACAGUUUGUGUGAAGUGCCCUUGCUUGUGAGUUUAUUGGACUAACUUCUACAGUAUGCUGUAAUGCAAGGUCCGUCACAACAACAAUGGACAAUACGUGGCCUUAGCCCAAAUCCAAUGUGUUUGAAUGUGGGCAUUACACAGCGGUGCGUGCCGAUACGUCUCCCUUCGAGACAGAUCAAUGUGCAUUGUUCAGUUGUAACACUGUUACUUGAUUACGGCUGAAUUGUGAAUAUACUGUACAUUCAGUCUGCAUUACAGUUUUGUAAUUUGAAACGAUUCUCCUUGUAGGAACUGUUUUUACUUAUUCUUUGAAGAACGGAUGUAAUAGGUAGGGGACAUGCAGUUUAUAUUUUCCUCUCUCUUAGAGACGCAUCGGUGGUCUGAACAGUAAACAGACUUUCCAAAUGAGUUUAUUUUAUUGUUAAGAUGUGUACAGCAAUCAUUUACUAAGCACUCAUCAUUACAUUUACUGUUGUAUGGGUUGUUUCAUUUAUGUGGAAGAAAUAAUAUGGCACUCCCUAUGGGAUAUGUUUGCUUUUUUACUCUACUAAAAUUCAUUUACUUUUAAAUGAAUUCUGUAAUGCUCCAAACCUGCCGAGGCAAUAAACCUUUUGCAAAUAGUU